AGCAGCCCCUUUGUGGUGGUCAUGCUCCCACUUUGUUGCUGGGACACCCCCGGUGCUGACACAACCCUGUGGGCUGCAGCCCCCCCAUGGGGAGGGGUGUAUGUGUGGGGGGGGGUGGGCACAGCGGGGCCGGCUCCGGCCGCGGGCGCUGACAUUAACCUGGUUAUCCACGAUGGAUGGCUGCAAUCAGCGCCGAGCAGCCGCUGCCAUAACUCACCGUGCCCCCCCCCGCCCCCGGUUAUCGGGGCUAUAAAUGAGAGGCAGCAUCGGCACAGCGCAGACCCCGCCAUGAGCAGCCUGGAUGCCAUCCGGGAGGGCUACGCACGCUUUGACCCCCACGCCUACCUGCAGAACAACUACGUGCCCCCCCGCGCCGACUUCUCCUCCGAGGAAUGCGUGGUGCCCUGGAAGCUGAGAUGUUUGGCCGAGACCUUCGCCAGCGGUGAGAUCUGUGGGCGCACGCUCAUCGACGUGGGCUCAGGUCCCACCAUCUAUCAGCUGCUGAGCGCCUGCGAGCACUUCGAGGAGAUCGUGGCCACCGAUUUCCUGGAGGUGAACCGGGAGGAGCUGCGGCGUUGGGUGCGGGGUGAACCUGGAGCUUUCGACUGGAGCCCCUUCAUCCAGCACGUCUGCAAGAUCGAGGGGCGCGGGGAGCCCUGGCAGGAGAAGGAGCAGCGGUUGCGGGGCCGCCUGCGGCGCAUCCUCCCCAUCGAUGUGCACCGUGCAGACCCACUGGGUGCCCCACUGCACCCUCCUGCUGAUGCUCUGCUCUCCACCUUCUGCCUGGAGGCCGUCAGCCCCGACCGCGCAGCCUUUGGGCGAGCGCUGGUGAAUGUUGGCUCAAUGCUGCGCCCGGGGGGCCACGCGUUGCUGCUGGGGGCUCUGGGGGAGUCCUUCUACCUGGCGGGUGCUGCGCGGCUGCCCGUGGUGCCGCUGGAUGAGGAUGAUGUCCGUGGAGCUCUGAGUGAUGCUGGGUUCACCCUCCGUGAUUUCCGUUCCUAUGCCAUGCCCCCCGCGCUGCGCACCGGUGUGGAUGAUGUUGAUGGGGUGUUUUUUGUCCAUGCACAGAAACCACUGGAAGGCUGAGCCCCCCCUC